GUGGGGCUGGCAGCUUUGCAUGUUAGUGAGAAUUUUAGAGCCAUUAUUCUGAACUACGCUAUUUUGGUUUUAUUUUCUUUCUCUGCUGAUACUACCUGCAGAUGAGAAACUGCUCUUUCUGCAUGAUUAUGGUAUUCAGGAGAUCUGAACUGUGCCAGGAGACUCGUUGCUGAAGCACCCUUGGAAAACUACAGAUCCCUUUGCAGCUGUUGAGCAUAGAUUAUUUCCUUCUUAUGCAGCAUGUAUCUUGUAUCUUUCAUGAGCUUGGUGGUGUGACCUUUUGGAGAAGCACUAUCUGUAUCCCAGGGGGAAUAUGCAGACUUCACUGCAGUUUGGCUCCUACCUCUAGGACACAGCCUGGUGAAUGUCCUACUGUUCCAGUGGGGUCUGGUUCUCCCGAGCAAAGAAGGCAAGGCCAAGACACAACUCAUCUGUCUUCACCUGAAUAAAUGGGACAUGCGAACUGUGUAAUUGCUUCCCAGCCGUGCUGGCAGGCAGCACCCUCCUUAGACAUGGAGAACUGAGGCACACCUCUUUAUCUCUGAGCACCCAUCAACAUGAAUGCAAACAGGUGACACGUAAGCCUCUUGGCUGUGUGCUGAAGAGGUGGUGCUAGAAAACUACUCCUACUGGAAGUACUAUCUCCAGUGCGCCCUAACUAUUCCUUUAGCAGAGCUUGGGUGCAUUUCAAUGAAAAGACCCUUUGUAGAGCUACAAGGUGUCUCCUAAAUUCUCACUAUGUCUGAUGGGGACUAUGAUUACCUCAUAAAAUUUCUAGCACUCGGUGAUUCUGGAGUAGGAAAGACCAGCCUUCUUUACCAAUAUACGGAUGGCAAAUUUAAUUCCAAAUUUAUCACAACAGUGGGCAUUGACUUUCGGGAAAAGAGAGUGGUGUAUAGACCCAACGGGCCAGAUGGUGUUGGUGGCAGAGGACAGAGGAUACAUCUUCAGCUCUGGGAUACUGCAGGACAGGAAAGGUUUCGUAGCUUGACAACGGCUUUCUUCAGAGAUGCCAUGGGGUUUCUUCUACUCUUUGAUCUGACAAAUGAGCAGAGCUUUCUGAAUGUCAGGAAUUGGAUAAGUCAGCUACAAAUGCAUGCAUAUUGUGAAAACCCUGACAUUGUAUUAUGUGGCAACAAGAGUGAUCUGGAAGACCAAAGAAUGGUGAAAGAAGAAGAGGCUAAGGAACUUGCAGAAAAAUAUGGAAUACCGUAUUUUGAAACCAGUGCAGCUAAUGGGAAUAAUGUCAGCAAAGCCAUUGAAACUCUUCUUGACCUCAUUAUGAAGCGCAUGGAACGGUGUGUGGAUAAAUCCUGGAUCCCUGAAGGAGUGGUGCGCUCCAAUGGGCACAGCUCUACAGAACAACUGAAUGAAGAGCAAGAAAAAGGCAAAUGUGCCUGUUAACUCAGUUACAAUGAAGUUUAAUGUGUAUGCUAAAAUAUAGUACAGUUGCAGCUUAACUGUUUAACUUAUGGACAAAUCACAUUGUGUAGUUAUUUAAUGAGCUAUAUUCAUUCUUGAUCUAAUUUUUGGCUUUUUCCUCUCAAACAACAUUAACCUUUGCUUGCAAGGUACACAGUUUAUUAGUGGUAGGACAGAGGUUUAAUCUGGAGUAGCACUGUAUGUUACUCUAAUUCUCUGCUUUGGGGGGAAGGAAAGGAGAGGUAUUUUCAUUACCAAAUUUAGAAACAUCUCUCUGUAUGGGCAAUGAGAAAGGGUAGGCUUCUGAAUUGAAGGAUUUUCAGUUGCCCUUUGAAGGCUCCAUUAACUACACAGACUAGGCAUUUAGAUUAGAUAUUGCGACAGCUCUUAGUCUCUCUUAACAGCAAGUUUACCAACAUGGUUCUUGGUUUUGAACAGCAACAUUUAAUCAUUUCAUCGAUCAAUAACAAUUUUAAAGAGCAAAUCCUGUGUUUUCCACAAAAACCUGCAAGUAGCUUUUCGUUGCUCUCUCAAAUCAUACUUUUUCAGUGAUGAAAACCGAAAGCAAGCUAUUCUAUACAGAAUAAAAAAACUACAGAGAAGCACAAGGGGUGCAUAUAUAGAGCACUUCCGGUAUGUCAUGAAAUUGAACAUGUAAACUACAACUGUACUAUAUAAAAUAUAUCCAACACAGCCUAUGGGACCUCCUGAUAUAAUUUUAAUUUCUAGGACAUGCAUAUACAUAUAUUUAUAUGUAAAUGGCAUAACUGUGCAUCUGUUGUUAUGUUUCAUUUAUGUUACAACUCAUGUUUUAACAGGAAUGUAGGGCAACCUAGAUGUCAGCAAAAUUUCAUCAGAGCUAGUGCUUUGCACUGAAUUUGUUUUACCAAACACAGAUUUGGAAUGUUUCUUCAAAUUUGGAUCGAAAAAUGAACGAUGAUUGCCUUCUGGUGAGAUGCAGCUAAAAAUACCAGCUCUGUCUAGAUCAGUAUUUCUAUAAAUUUAUAAUGCGCAUUUUAUCCUGCCAAACUUUGUGUAUUGUACAUCUUGGUUAUCAUAUAUUCAUUUAUGGCUUGUUAAUUUCCUUCAGGUUGUAUUUAAAAAAGAAUAGAGUUGCUUUUCUCUUUUUUCCCCCCUAUGGAUCACAAAAAUGAUCAUUUUUAUUUAUUCGUACAACCUAAGGAACAAUCAGUAUUUUUUGGGUCUUUUUUCCAGACUGAUUUAUAAGAUAUGCCUACCAAACUGUUUUCUACCCUGGCAGAGGUUGUACAACUCUGAAGUAUUGCCAAUUAAAGUCAUAACAUGCCAAAUUGUGUCUUUUUACAGACUUUCCACAGCAGUUUGUUUAAAAAGUUCCAAAGCUAUUACUUCUUUAGAAAUGAUGUAUUUAUUUAUUUAAAUAUUCUAACUACUGCAAUUUCAGGCAAACAUUGAUACCAGUUGUGAACAUGAAUUGCAGCAUAACAAAUUUUUGAAGGACCAAAAAUGCUUCUAGAAUAGGAGCUAAUAAA